AUGAAGUGUCGAGCUGUUCUAUCGACUUGUUUCCAGCGAUGGGUGAUCUCGAUUUACAGACAAAGCUCAAGGUUCAAUGAGAAAACGGAGUCCAGCGCGUCUGCGUCUAUAGGUGUUCUUCUCGCUGCAUUGAAGGCCUGUCUUGUUACAAGGGACUUGCAAGCUGGGAAGAAAGUCCACUCCGAUGCCUCUUACGCCGGGCAUGCGUCGGACGUCUUCAUCGCGACCACUUUGAUCAACAUGUACGCGAAGUGUGGCAGCACGGUUGAUGCUCGGGCAGUUUUCGACAGCAUGCCUCAAGACGUGGUCUCGACAACUGCUAUGAUCCUGGGACACGUAGAAAACGGGGAGAACGUCCGGGCUUUGGAGCUCUUUUCCGGGAUAGUUGUUCGGCCGGACGCUCGAGCUUUUGUUGCUGCUCUUCGGGCUUCUGCUGGAUUAGCAGCCGGCGAGGACGGGCAAACCAUCGGAGGGAAGAUGGUUAAGCGGGAUUCACUGGAGAAAGGAAUGGCAGUACACCAUCAAGCUACGGAGGCCGGCGACGACACCCAUAUCUUCGUAGCAACGACGCUCAUCGACAUGUACUCCAAGUGUGGGAGCCUGCUGGAUGCACGAAAAGUUUUCGACAAGAUGGCUACGUACGACGUGGUCGCCUGGAACAGUCUGCUGAUGGGAUGCGUAGAGAACAGGGAAAGCGAGCUAGCUCUGGCGUUACUCUCGAGCAUGGAGGAUCUUUCUCUAGCUCCCGACGCUCGGACCUUCGUCGCAUCACUCGGGGCCUGCGCGAUCUUGGCCGAGUGCGAAGCAGCGAGUGAAGUUAAUGGCCAGCUCCUCAAGGUGGCGAGCCUGGAAAGGGGUAAUGCUCUACACUCCCGAGCGGUGGACUGUGGCCUAGACUUGGACAUCUUCGUCGCCAACACGCUCGUCGACAUGUACGCCAAGUGCGGGAGCAUGGCGAGAGCUCGCAGCGUCUUUGACAAACUUUGGCACCGAGACGUCGUCUCGUGGACCGCUCUCAUCCUGGGCUACGCCGAGAACGGCGACGCGGAGGUGGCUCUCGAGUUGUAUUCGCGGAUGAGACGCGAUGGCUGCGAGCCCGACUCGAAAACACUGGUGGCGGCUCUGGUGGCGUGUGGGAACUUGGUGGCGCUGGAUGCUGGGAGGAGGAUCCACGACGACGCAAGGAGGCUCGAGCUACACAGCAACGUACUCGUUGGCAACGCUCUGGUGGAUUUCUACGCGACGUGUGGAAGCAUGGAAGCGGCCGAGGAAGCUUUCAGCUCGAUCACCAGGAAGGAUACUAUAUCCUGGAACUCGCUCGUCACAGGUUACAGCAAGCAGGGUGACGCCGAGAAGGUCUUGAGUUUGUUCCAGCGGAUGCAAGAAGGUGGCGGCGAGAGGAUCAAGCCAAACUCCAUUACUUUUCUCUCGGUUCUCUCGGCGUGUGGCCACUGCGGACUCGUCGACAAAGGAAGAGAGAUCUUCCAGGCCAUGGCGAAGCAGCACGGUGUAGAGCCCGGGAUGGAGCACUUUCACUGCGUGAUCGACAUGCUGGGACGCGGUGGUCACCUGGAACAAGCUUUGGAGACGAUCGAGGCCAUGCCUUGGGCAGCCGACGCCACGACUUGGACGAUCGUUCUAUCCUCGUGCCGGAAGUGGAAGAACGCGAGGAUUGGAAGGGUGGCGUUUGAUCGAUUGAUGGAGUUGGAUGGAGGCAAGGAGUCGUCGACUUACUUGCUCAUGGCGGGGAUUUACGCGAGCGCUGGAAUGCGGGCGGAGAAAGAAGAAGUGCUCCAGCUGGCACGCCACGUGUCUGGUGACGUGGACGUUAUUACUGACACGACAUAA